AUUCGGGGACCUCUUCGGAGAAACCGAGGGUUUUGCCUGUGCAAUUGCAGACGAAGUGAUGAUGACGAACAACUAUCGGAAAUAUAUCCUGAAGGACGGUACGGUCGACAUUUGUCGGGCAUGCCGCCGUCCCGGAGAGUCACUCAGGCAUAUCAUUUCCGGUUGUUCUCAUCUUGCUAACGGCGAGUACUUGCACAGACAUAAUCUCGUAGCCAGGAUUAUUCACCAGCAACUUGCUCUUCUAUAUGGCCUUGUGGACUGCGAAGUACCGUACUACAAGUACUCACCUGCGCCGGUUCUCGAGAAUGGUCGUGCCACGCUCUAUUGGGAUCGAUCUAUCAUCACUGACAGGACUAUUGUAGCCAAUAAGCCUGAUAUUGUGAUAAUAGAUCGAUCGCAACGUCGGGCCAUGCUCGUUGACAUCACCAUCCCCCAUGAUGAGAAUCUCGUGAAGGCCGAGAAGGACAAGUCCAGUAAGUACCUAGACUUGGCUCACGAGUUAACCGCCAUGUGGGAUGUUGAUUCGACGAUCAUUGUCCCGAUAGUCGUUUCAGUGAACGGUUUAAUAGCGAAGAGUCUCGACCAACAUCUCGAGAGACUCUCGCUAGGUGGUUGGAUCAAGGGACAGAUGCAGAAGGCGGUGAUCUUGGACACGGCGCGGAUAGUACGUCGGUUCCUCUCUCUGCAGCCCUGACCACCGGUAGCUUGGGCCUUGCCCCGCUGCUGGCGGCACCCUAGGUUUUUUAUAAUCUGUUUAUAUGUAUUUAUUGUUAUGUGUUUUUAUAUUUUACUUU